CAGAGCAGCUCUACCCACAGCCUGCUUAGAACACCUCCCCCUUCACCAUCACUGAGGCCAAAGGUUGAGGAGCUAGGGUAUGAUCACCAACACAUGGUCUGCAAAGUCAGAUACUACUUUUCCCUUAAGGCCAGUACAGGGUCCCAGAGAGCCUGGGGAGAAAGUGGAGAUGCUCUGAGCAUAGAGACAAGCAACCUUCUCUCAGUCCCCAAGCAGAGGUGAAGCUACGCCCUUUCAGUCAGCACCAAGAGAGAAAGGCAGAGCCCCUGUCCUGGGCCAGAGCACCAGCAUGUCAACAGUCUAGCCUGGGGACAGAAGGGAUGCAGGACUUUCCCAAGGCGGGGAGACACCUGACAAAAGGAACAGUAAAAAGGAAGACAGAAGAGCCAGCUCAGCAAAAAGGUUCUGAAAGAGUGUCAGCUACUGGCAAAUCCAUACAGCUGACAAGAUGCAGGUCAACCUUCUGUCUCAGGACAUCUGAUACCCCCUCUCCUGGGAACAGAAGACCCGGCCCACUUGACCACCCUUCUUCAAAUAGCACCACCCUCAACUGCACCCAAGCAAGACAGGCUGGCUCUCCAAACCCAGCCAGGGGACAGCCAUCCUAGUGUUCAGGAGUCAGAAGCCCAGGAGGAAAUAGCCCCAGGAGAUAUUAAAUACCGCCUGGAGCCCCUUCCCAAGGCUCCACUCCAGACGCAACCCCCAAGCUACUCCAACCAGCACAGCAAGCCUCAGUGGCUCCACUUCAGUACAACCUAUGGAGAAUGUUAUAAGCCCGGGAGGAUACAGCCUGUGACUUACUAUGGGGAGAAACCCUCCCAUUCAGAUUUCCUUGCAGAGCCCUCUUCUUGGUCAGUCCACGUUCCCAGUUCAUAUUCAGGGCAGAAAAAUAGGACCAAUAGUGCGUCCAGGCCAUAUGGAGUACACCAGCCAAUACCAGAGUGACUUCCAAGCCUCAGGGUGGAAUCAAGUCCUCAAAACUGACCCAGACAAAAGAAGCCAGGGGAUCAACAAAUAUACCCAGACUGUGCAGAAAGACAAUGCCUCUGGCUGGCAGCCCACUAUGCAUCAGCAUCCGAAGCCGAGAUGGGUGAAGCAGGAGAUGACCAUCCUGGGUAGGAAGAGCAAUGUCAAGUUUGACGGAGGCACAGUGACCAGGGACUGUAGAACCCAGCCCCAAGUAUGCUACGGAGACCUUCACCACAGAGGCUAUGAGAAGCCCCUGAGUGUGGGUUCGCGGGCACCACCUCAGGAUCAAACUACCACCAGGACCUCCUACAUGCCCUUGUUUUCUGAAAGAUUGAACCUCUGUAAGCCCAAGGUCAACAGCAGCAAAUGGGAGCCAAACAAAAUUUCUCUACUGAGCAAAGGAAAACAUUCAGACCAGUCCAGCUGCCUGAAAGCCGGCUCCAGAAGUACUUUUGACAAGAGGACUCAAAAUCCCAAAAAAAUAAUAAUAAUCGGGAGAAAGAAACCGCCCAAAUAACCUAUGCAAAAAUGCACAGUUGGGCACCCAUAUCGAACCUUAAAACUGAGGUCCCACCGUAACUACCUCAUAGAACAGACUCAGUUUUCCCGCUGGGAUUUCCCAGUCACACCCUGACCCUAAUACAACUCUUUGAAACUAA